GAGCGACAUCUCGCUCCUUUGCCUCUCCUCACCUCACCACCAGCAUAUGUAGGCAUGGACGACAAGAGUACCACGCAGCAAUGGCUUCCAGCCUACGCUGCAACACAGCCUCGCAGAGGCAGGCAUACCCUCCUCAAGGCACCAUUAGCGACCAUCCUCUUCGUCAUUACCUUGACGACCCUCUUCUUCCGUCCACCCCUUUCACUAUUCUCUCACUCCUCGCGGCGCCGUCCCCAACAGCCCAAUGUGAUCAUCAUGAUCUCUGACGGGUACGGCCCAGCUAGUCACACCAUGGCUCGCACCUUUUAUCGCCUCACGCAUCAGAAUGAUUCGGAGCCUAUCCCAGAGUUUGGCUGGGGCUUUCCCCUCGAUUCCGCCCUCGUCGGCAGCCAUCGGUCUCGCUCAUCCAGCUCUCUCAUCACAGACUCUGCCGCAGGAGCAACGGCCUUCAGCUGUGGAAAGAAGAGCUACAAUGGUGGAAUUGCGGUAGACUCCGAAGGCAAGUCGUGCCAGACCGUCUUUGAGGCCGCAAAGGCGCAAGGCUACCUGACGGGCGUGGUGGUCACCUCCAGGUUGACCGAUGCAACGCCUGCGUGCUUCUAUGCGCAUGCGGCUUCUCGCUCACAGGAGUCAUACAUUGCGAGCCAGAUGCUCGAAAAGCCGGAAACGGGAGGACAGAGAACCAUUGAUCUGGCUGUGGGAGGCGGCGGGUGCUUCUUUCUGCCCAUGGGAGACCCGCUCUCUUGCCGUAGCGACGACCGUGAUCUGGUGACGGAGGCUACGGACGCCGGAUGGGAGGUCAGACUGGGAGAUACGAUGCUACAAUCCAUCGCUGAGGUUGGUCCGCACGGCGAAGUCAUCUCCCGCGGCCAGCCAGCCAAAAAUACCUCAUCGGAGCGACUCCGUGCUCUCCAAACCCCACGUCUUCCCUUCCUCUCCCUCCUCUCCCCGUCCAACACUCCCUACGUAGUCGACAUUCCCGCCGACUCGGAGGGUAAAACCAGCUUCCCUACUCUCGCCGAGCUCUCGGAGCAGGCGCUGCAAGUCCUCUCAAAGGGCAAGAUGAGCAGUGACUCCACCUCGCCCCGAUGCAGCGUCUGGGAUCGCCUUCGCCGCCAUCGUCGCUCCAGAAAGUCCCGCCCCUUCAUGCUCAUGAUUGAAGGAUCGCAAAUCGACCUUUGCCAGCACGAGAACGACGCAGCAUGCAUGGUACGCGAGGCUGUCGCGUAUCAGGAGGCCGCUGCCCUUGUAAAGGAAUAUGUCGACGAGCUCAACAAGCAGGGCAGGCCUACCUUGCUCAUCUCUACGUCCGAUCAUGAGACUGGAGGGCUCACGCUGGGCAGGCAGCUGACGGAGGACUACCCAGAGUAUGCAUAUUACCCUGAGCGCCUGAGCGGGGUCAAGGCGUCUGCGGGGACAUUGUCCGCGAGGCUACUGCACUUCUGGCGGCAGGAGAAGCCGAGCGAGGGGGACCUGAGGGAGCAUGUUGCUGCACACAUCCUCGGCGGGAAGGGUGGACUAGGAUUUGGAGAGGAGAAAAGCGGCGGGCCUGUGACUGACGACGAGGUAGGGCUGGUCGUUUCCUGCUUGCGCGAGCACGGCAGCGCUACUGCACGCCCGCUUGACGACGAGGAGGGUGGCAACGAGCCUCCUCCAAUCGACAAUGGCGACGACUGCCGCAAGGCUAUCGCCGAGGUAGCAAGCAGGCGAGCGCAGGUUGGAUGGAGCAGCAGCGGGCACACGGGCGUCGAUAUCAAUCUCUAUGCUCAUGGCUAUGGAGCUGAUGGGCUCAGAGGCAACAUCGAGAAUACCGACGUGAGUGCGCGAAACGUCGGAGGCGAAGGACGAGAUUGAGAGCGGUGACUGACAACUACUUCCCUCCUCCACGCGCCGUGCAGAUUGGCAAAUACCUCUUCUCCCUUCUGGGCAAUCGUCGUCGACACAACUUAGAGUACUGAACGCUUAUCGCAAGACGAACGGAAUCGUCGUGACUCGUGUAGCACAGCCUUCUUGACGAGACAUUUAUCAGCAUUUGCCUCCGUUGCCUCCUGCUUUGAACUGAAUUGACCCUCGCAGUGCACUGAUUGCGGUUGACAUCGCGGAAUUUCCAUGGACUCGC